AAAUAUACUCCGCGGUGCAGAAAGUGGAGUAUGGGUAUCGUAAUCACAGCAACUUCAAAAUGAAGAAAAACUCUGCUGGUCAGGCAAGCGGAAACAGCAACGCAGACUCGAAUAAGAAGGGUACCACUUCCGCAAACGGUGCCGACAAUGCCAAAGGCGGGGGGAAGAAGCCGAAAGGACACCGGCAGCGCGGCGGCGGCACUGUGGUUGCGGACAAGGGCCCAGUUACGACCUCCGACGGUAUUGCGCUGAAAUCCUGGCAACGCCUUCCUUCCCAAGUGCUGCUCGAAUGGACGCAGAAGCAGAAGCGCCCAAAGCCACGCUACGUCACGGCGAAGGCGUUUCAGCCCGACACAUUCCGGAAGCGCUGCAUUCUGCCUGACGUGAAGGACACGCCGGCGAAAGAUCUCGUGUUCGCCGUCUGGGAAACUUUACUUCCCGCAACGACAGAGACACUAGCGAAAGAGGAAGCCGCCAUGCUUGCGUUGUCGCACGUGCAGCCCGCAGCACCGCUGGAGCGGGUGGUGCCAGACCCAUUUAGGGACUUGUGGCUGAAAACGCAACAGGCGGCGAGCAGCGCUGGUGGUGUGGGCGGAACCGGAGCUGCUGCAACUUCUUCUAGUACCGCGAAGGCCACAACCUCAACCUCUGCAUCUUCUUCCUCCGCGCCGGUUGUGAUCAAGGGGUUACAGAACGAAAAGUGGAACACGUCCGAGUACGAGAAAACGCAGUGGCAGGAGAAGAACCGAGUUGAGAAAACGCAAACUGCGAACAAAAAGGAAGUGAAAAAGGAAUUUCACCGGGAGCAAGCAAUGCAGCCCGUGUAUUUCUCGAAGAAAAUGCGGCUAAAGUGCAUUACGGCGCUGCGCGAACAUUACCAACAGACGGAGCAGAUGGGUGCGGUAAAAAAUGGGAGCAAAAGUGGUACAGCUACAGCGAACGUCGCAGCAGGAGGAAGUAGUAGCAGCUCUAGUGCUAGAACAAAUUCUACUGCGACUACGUCUAACACUAAUGCGACUAUCGCAAAGAUGAAGAAGCUUUUUCUCGCCGUGGAGCAGGCAGAUUCAUAUUCCGAGUCGGCGAAAAACGACGUUGACGAAGAGGACGAGCAGUUACUAUCCGAAUUGACAAACACGCUCGGGUUUGACCGCAGCGACGCUAUCACCGGCGUGAUCGCCGUCCGCAGCACGGGGGAGGACCCGACAAUAGACCUCGUUCAGCAGUGGCUCACACUGAAUUUACCGGACGAAUCCCUGCCGGAGCAGUUCCAGGUUCGAGGCCAGUUCCAGCGGGUAGAAAACAAAGACACGAAAGCAGGCACGGCAGAGAAGUUAUCUCGGGAGAGAAAAGCGAGGCGGGCAGACUUUCUCGGUUGGUGCAGGCAGAAAUUGCGAAGCGGACUGUUGGAAGACGCCGCUGCAGUGGACAGCUUGCUGUGCUCGAUUGAGCUCUUCACGGAAUCUUGGAUAGCAGCGGAACAAGUAAAUGCAGGACAAGACGACGCGCAGGAACUCGACGAAGACAAUCUGCAGGCCUGUUGCGACAUUCUGGAGGCGGAGCUGAUCGCGGACGGAGUAGAAGAGCCGGAUACUUUCUUACGAGAAGUUCGCGCCAAGUGGAAGGAGACGAAGUCUUCUCUACUGGAGUUGAGCGCACAGCAAGCGAAGAAGGACGAAGAGGAGGCAGCCGCACAAGCUGCGGCGAAAGCAAAAGAACAAAAAGACGCUGACGAAUCCGCGAAUUCCAACAUGAACGACAGUGAGGAAGACAAGGAGAAGUCCCAGAGGACCUUGGAUAAUAAGUCUUGGUUCCCAGCAGGAACUACAGGAGCGUCAACAUCUUCGCGGCAAAGCAGAACGAAAAAACUUGACCUUCCCGCACACAAGAAGGAAAAGGAAUUUCUCCAGAUGGUCGAGAAGAACGACGUCACGCUUGUCCUUGGACAGACCGGUUGCGGGAAGUCUACCCAACUGCCGCAGUUUCUCAUCGGCACAGCGAUGAACAAGCAACAGGAAGGAUCUUCGGCCUCCAGCGCAUCAAAUCGCGUCGUCUGCACGCAGCCUCGGCGUUUGGCCGCUGUGAGUCUGGCCCGCCGCGUCGCGCAGGAGUUUGGGGAGGAUGAGGUCGGCUAUUGCGUCCGCGGGGAUGUGCACAUUCCGAAGAAUUGCCAACUCGUCUUCUGCACCGUUGGAAUUUUGAUCAAGAAGCUGUUACAAAGUCAUCUUUGCGAGAAUCCUGACCAAGCACUUGAAAGUGGAGGAAUCGAUUUCACUCACCUAGUCAUUGAUGAAGCGCACGAAAGAAGCUUGGACAUCGAUUUUCUGCUGAUGCUGGUGGCGAACCACCUGAGCAGCAGGGGCAGUAGUUCGAGACAACAUCAACAGCAAGACCCUUUUAAAGUGAUCGUGAUGUCCGCGACUUUGGAUAAAAAAAUCUUCGAGAUGUUUCCCAAAGCAGCGCGCUUGGAGAUCCCAGGACGGACUUUCCCGGUGAAGAGCUUCAACUACAGCAGUCAGAACAGCAAACCGGGCCAAAUCGACUACUGGGGCAUCGGCGAGGCGGUGAGUUCUGUUUUGAAAGGCGAGUACGAUGACGAGAAAAUGCAGUACGGGCAGAAAGCCAUUCUCAUUUUCAUGCCCGGAACCGGCGAAAUUCAGCGGAUGUGCCGGACCUUGGUGCAGGAUUUUGGCUGUCCGGCGCAGAAGGUGCUGCCUCUACACGGAAGUCUGCCACCGCAGGAGCAACGGAAGUGCUUCGACGUGGUUGCGCAAAAAAUCGUGGUUGCGACGAACGUGUGCGAAACCAGUAUCACCAUUCCGGAUGUCACCUGUGUCAUUGACACGUGCCGCGAAAGACGACUGAUGCUGAAGAGUAGUGGAUUAACAUCUACAACUUCCGACAACAGUGGUAAAGAUUCUAAUGCCCCAGGUUUCGACCCGCCCGCCCGGUCGGUUGGCGCGCAAGAGAAGUGUCACUUGCGCCUCGCCACCCUGCAGGAAUCCUUCUGCUCCAAAGCCAGCAUCGAGCAGCGUAAGGGGCGUGCGGGCCGAGUGCAGCCGGGGAUCUGUAUUCGCAUGAUUUCGCGAAACGAGGAAAACCGGCUGGCGGACUCAACGCCACCGGAAAUGGACUCUUUGCCGCUGGAGAACAUGCUGCUGCAGGUCUGCAGCAUGGAAACGCACACGAAUAGUUCGCUGCGGAAAUUUCUGCAACACGCACCGACGCCACCGACGGAGGACGCGGUGAAGGCCGGAUUGGGAGAGCUGCUAGCUGUGGGAGCGGUGGUGGAGGGGAAGAGAGAAGGUGAAAGAAACACCCGCGGAGAUAAAGACAAAUCCCCCACAGAAAUCCGAAUUACGCCGCUCGGUAAACACCUCGCUAAGCUUCCAUGCGACGUCCGGAUCGGAAAACUGCUAAUUUACGGCGCCAUGCUUGGCUGCGCGUCCGAGACCGCGGGAUUGGCGGCGAUGCUAUCCGUGAGAAAUCCGCUGCUCCGACCAAAGGAACAGGAACAAGAAACAAAUCGAACCGUUUUUCGCCGCGUUUUGCUGAAGCCUGGGGGGACCAAAUCGGAUCACUGCUUCUUGGCUGGUUUGCUGGAGUGGUUUCUGCACGCCACGUCACGGAAGAACCGAAGGAAGGACAAAGAAACAGAGUACAGCGCCUUGCGGCAACUUGCCAUGGAGACAGACACCUGCAACUUCCUUCUUGUCGGGGAAACGGACCCUGGAAACGCGAUCGUUCACAAGCUCGGGAUCAGUUCGGAGUCGCUGAAAGAAGCCGCGAAGCUGCAGCAGCAACACUUAUCCGCCUUACGAAACCUCGGGUUUCUGACUCGCGAACAAACGCCGCCGCACAGUGCUAUUCAAUCUCCGCAGCAAGAACCAACCAGCAACACGCGGUGGUACAUGCUUCGGGCUGCGUGCGUAGCCGCGUUUUUCCUGGUCAAGGCGAAAAAACCGGAAGUGACGUACAAAAAGCUUGCCUCGGGCGCGACAGUCCAGGUGCCAAUCAAGCCAGAACUGGUUCGAUUCUUCCCGUUGCAGCGCGACCCGUUUUUCUUCAAGGACAAGAUCGUCGACCCCGCAAAGCCGUUCGGCAACCAACCCGGGCAAAACAUCCGGUACUUCGUGAACCACAACAGCGUGUUCUUCUCCGAAGCCCCAGGCCUGCAGUCCCACUACAUCUGCCACACGGACAUUUUCGGAUCGAAUGACAAAAUGUUCAUUGAGGCCAACUCGGAGGCCUCGCCGCUCGCGGUGCUCUUGCUCGGGAAUUUUUCGGAAAUCGAGUUUCGGCAAGACGGGCUGGUGGUUGUCGACCAGGGGAAGCUCGUGUUUACCACGACCGGCGGACAGCAGGCUGCGUCGGCGAACACGGUGAUCUCGCAGCUGGUGCACGUGUUGCGGCACGAGCUGCUCGAAGAGCUGCUGCAGCGGAAGAUUGAAAAUCCCAAGCUGCAACUCGAGGCAAGUCCGAUUGUGAAGGCUGUGGCCGAAUUGCUGGGCACGGAUGGAAUGGGCUACGCAACUGUAGGAAGAUAAAUGAGUAAAGCAAAAGCAUCAAAAGCGACGACCCUUACUAGCAUGCAGAAAUUUUUACGCGACAGCAUAACGCUUGACUGCAUUUUUGCUGGAAAGAU